AUGCAUCCGGUUUUACCUAUUUGCCUAGUAUUUCUAGGUUGUUGUAGCAAUGUCGUAAUUUUGGAACUUCUGAUCAGUGAAAUGCCUGGAAGUGGUAACAUCAUUACAUUUUCCCAGUUCCUCUUCAUUGCUAUUGAAGGUUUUAUUUUUACAGCCAAAUUUGGCUCAGUGGCUCCGUCUAUACCUAUGAAAAAUUAUGUCCUCAUGGUGAUAAUGUUCUUCAUUGUACAAGUUGUUAAUAACCAGGCCCUUAAUUUUCAUAUAUCUAUGCCACUUCAUGUGAUUUUUAGAGCUGGAUCACUCAUAGCAAAUUUAAUUCUUGGAAUCAUAAUCUUAAAGCGAUCAUAUAAAACAAGCAAGUAUUUAUCAGUGUUGAUGAUAAGUAUAGGUAUUGUGUUGUGUACCAUAGCAUCUUCAAGUGAUGUGAAAAGUGGUGCUGAGAAAAAAACAGAGAAUAAAGUCUAUGAAUACUUCAUAUGGUUAAUAGGCAUUGCAAUGUUACUGUUUGCUCUAUUUAUGUCAGCUAGAAUGGGAAUCUUCCAAGAAACUAUUUAUUCAAGAUUUGGAAAACAUCCAUCAGAAGCAUUAUUCUAUAAUCAUGCUCUUCCAUUGCCUGGUUUCUUAUUGUUCUCUGCUGACAUCUACAGACAUGCUGUUAUGUUUUCUCAAUCAGCACCAAUGUUCAUCCCAAUAUUAAAUACUGCCAUGCCAAAGAUGUGGAUCUACCUCAUUGGAAAUGUUCUUACUCAAUAUCCUUUCACUUACAAAAUUUCUUUCUUUAAUCUGAUCACAUUUUUGCCUUUUAAAUUAUUUUAUAUAUAA